CACUUUCAAAGAGACAUAUUAUGCAAGGAAGCAACUCAGAAGAGGAAAGAAAAGAAGUCAGGAAUGGCCCUCACUCAUGUAAGGGACAAUUGUUAUUCAGGGAUGUGGCCAUAGAAUUCUCUCAGGAGGAGUGGAAAUGCCUGAACCCUGGGCAGAAAGCUUUAUACAGGGAUGUGAUGUUAGAGAACUACAGGAACCUGAUCUCCCUAGGAAUCUGUCUUCCUGACCUGAGUGUUAUCUCCAUUUUGGAGCAAAAGAGAGAUCCCUGGACUCUGCAGAGUGAUGUGAAAGUAGCAAACAAUCCAAAUGGCAGGGAGUACAUCAAAGGUGUGAAAACAGAUUUUUCACUUCUGGCCUGGGACGCGCGCGUCUUCAGGGUGGAAGCCUGGCACACGUCCAGAGGUGCCGAGGAGCCAACCAGCCCAAACUUUGGGGGAAAUGUCCCUCUGCCCUUGCCCCGCGCUCUGCUAGCAAUUCCUUCCCUCUCUACUUUGCUUGGUGAUGCAAAACGCGUGAGGCUCACGGCAAGGGGCCGGGGCCGCAGGGCUCUCCGGGCCAGGCCCACCCCUCAUCCACGCAGUACAGCACUGGACGCCCCGGCGGCUGUCCUAAGCAGAGGCUGCUGUGGAGCUAAGACCCGCCCUUUCACCCAGCACGGGGCCCAGUCCUUGGAGGAGGGCAACAUACAGCUCCGCUUUGCCUAGCUCUCGGGCAUGCGCGCUAUGACCUGUACAGUGCCUAUGGUUACACAAUAUCACCUAUGGAGAAGGCUCUUGUGAAAAUGGACAUUCAGAUAGCACUUUCUUCUCGGUAUUAUGGAAGAGUAGCUCCACGGUCUGGCUUGGCUGCAAAACACGUUGUAGAUGUAGGAGCUGGUGUCACAGAUGAAGAUUAUAGAGGAAAUAUUGGUGUUGUAGUCUUUAAUUUUGGCAAAGAAAAGUUUGAAGUCAAAUAACGUGAUCGAAUUGCACAGCUCAUUUGUGUUCUAUCCAGAAAUAGAAGAAGUUCAAGCUUUGGAUGACACCAAAAGGGGUUCAGGAGGUUUUGGUUCUACUGGAAAGAAUUAAAAUUUAUGCCAAGAACAGAAAACGAGAAGUCAUACCUUUUUCUUAAAAA